GUUUCUUUUUUCUUUUUGCAAAAUGAAUAUCUAAAGCGUGUGUAAAAGAGAUAAUGCACAAGAAAUCAUCUGGAUUCUGGUCUAAUCACAAGAGGUCUGUAUCUCUCGAACGUUCGCAAUCUUCCAAACUGUCUGUGUUGAUAGAUGUAUCUGGACAAAAUCAAACAUGUCAAUGAAGUCUUAUUAUUCUCGCACAAACGACGCUUUUAACAUGUUUAAUCUGGAACCGAAGAUACAUGCAAUCCAUCGACUUUUUCUAUAGAUAAUGUUCUCAUUCAAGAAAUGGCCUUUUUUAAGUUUAAUUAUAGACGCGUAAACCUUAGAAUAAGCGACUGAGGGCUAGUAAUCAGUACUAACUAAUGUGGAGGUUAAUAUAUUCAUCAAUUGCGGCUGAAGUAAUUUGAUAACUUGGUACAGGCGCCGGUUAUAACGGCGUGCGAAGGAUUCACGCGAAGAAAAAUUAAAGAACUUGCUACUCGACAUAAUUAUUUUACUCCUUUCUCCUUAACUUUGAGCUCGAUAAAGGAUUUUCUGUAUACUAUUUACGUAUUAGAGGUGACUUAGUAGAUAUAUUUUUAUUGUUAUAUUGCACGCGUUGCAUACCUACUGCUAUAAUUAGACACCUGAUGACCUCAUGUCUACUCAAACAUAGAAAUGAGGCUAACAACAAUGGGGAAAGUCCCAGCCGUUUACCGGAACUGAUCUUUCGUUUUGUUUCCUUGUUGUGAGUACUUUCGCUUUCCUUCAGUCGACAUGCCGGUUUCCGUGACUGAUUUGCAGCGUGUUAUGGCCAUUCUGGCCGAUGAAGAUGAACUUAAAGUAACCUUCAGAGGUGCUGCUUAUGGCGGUGUUAUCGCAGGAAUUACUACGACUGUUGGAGGACUUCUUGGUGGACCGGCUGGGUUGCUCGUUGGAGGCGCUGUUGGCGGAGCAUUAGCCUAUGGCACUUCGGGAGAUUUCAAGCCUGCUUCCCAAGUGAUCAAAGACAUGAAUGCUCACGACAGGCAACUUCUCUACGACAGUGUUAAAGAAAUCGUCGAAAACGUGGCGAUCGACGAUUACCUAGCUCUUAUGGCCUUCCUGAGUGGCGGUCCUGGAUUGCUGGUUCGACAACAACUCAUGGACAGACUGGUUUUAUUUCUGAGGAAUAAUAUGCGACUUCAAGUGCCUCAAAGUUAAAUCCUCUGUUUGUAAAAGAAGUACCUACAGUGUCAUACAGAAUGACAUUUAACAACGAUUUAUACUGGUGUAACUGACUGAAUAAGAAAAUAGAAAUAUUACUCACAAGGGACAAUUAUAGAAUUUGACCUUGUUAUUUAGGAUAGAAAGUCAUAUGAAAAGAACACAUGCACGAGAUAAAAUGAUUAUAUUGACUAGUUAAAUGUGACCACAAUAUAUACAAGAAAUUUUUUUUGACUACCAUAAGACAAAGAAAAACUAGUUCGUGUUAAUUUUCAGUUCCCUUUAUCUCUUCAAGUUAUCUCUGUAACAUUUGUAAUACUUUUUCACACCUUAUAUUGAACUUAUUGUAUUGAAUAAAUAUAUUUAGGGACAAUGUGGAACUUAAUUGUUUAGAGCUUGGGGCCAGGUUACCUGAGAUAAGACGUUGGCUUGAUAAGUUGUCGUUGUGGCUUUUAUAAAGUGCACUCUGUUUACGUAUUUGAUCACGUAAGUUAUUGGCUGAAACAAGGAGUUGAAGUUAGGCUGAUUCAUAUAUAAUUUUGUAAAACAAACCUUUUCAACUCAGGCUGACAUGGGACAAAACCACUAGUAUACCACCAGUGGUAGAGCAGCAGUACAGGAAAUGUGCAGUUUUUGGGAUCAAUUCCUGAUGGGGCACCCACAUGUUUUUCUUGUCUUAGACUCUUGUGCUAAUCAAAUGAUAUUUAUGGUCAAUCCAUGAACAAGCUAAGAGCUAGCCACCUUUCUUUUUCUAUUUACACACAAUGCUUUUGACAAAUAGCGGAGCCCAGCAGUCAGUGCCAGAUGCAUACUCUGUGAGUUGCCUUUGGCUGGUGGACAAUCUAUGCUUCAAUUCUAAAUGGGAAAGUCAGAUUUUUUUCUUUCUCCUUUUGUCUUUUAUCUAACUAUUAACAUCUUAAUUUGAUAGCUCCUUAAUAGUCAUAAGGUUGAUCUGUAAAACCUGCUAUCACGAUAAAAAAGGAAGAGUGAGUGCCACAAA